AUGUCCUUUUCCAAAGACUUUCUGUGGGGCUUUGCCACGUCUGCCUACCAGAUCGAGGGCGCCGUCUCCCAGGACGGCCGCGCCCCGUCCAUCUGGGACACCUUCUGUGACAUCCCCGGCAGGAUCAUGGACGACAGCUCAGGCGCAGUAGCAUGCGACUCCUACAACCGCUGGCAAGACGACAUCAACAUGCUAAAGUCACUCGGCGCCCGGGUCUACCGCUUCUCAGUGUCAUGGUCGCGGGUGAUUCCACUCGGCGGACGAAACGACCCCAUCAACCAGAAGGGCCUGGAGUUCUACGUACGCUUCGUCGACGCCCUACUCGACGCCGGAAUCGCCCCGUUUAUCACGCUCUUCCAUUGGGAUCUGCCCCAGGCCCUCGAGACCCGGUACGGCGGCCUGCUGAACCGCGACGAGUUCCCGCUGGACUUCGAGAACUACGCGCGCACCAUCUUCGCCGCCAUCCCCAAGUGCAAGCACUGGAACACCUUCAACGAGCCCUGGGCCUCAGCCGCCAUGGGCUAUGGCCCGGGUCGCAUGGCGCCCGGCCGCACGUCAGACCGAACCAAGUCGCCCGAGGGUGAUACCGCGCGCGAGCCAUGGCAGGUCGGGCACACCCUACUGAUCGCACACGGGCUCGCCGUGCGCGCAUACCGCCGCAGCCGCCACAGCCUCGCCGACGGCGGCGCGAUUGGUAUUGCGCUGAAUGGCGACUUCGCGAUCCCGUGGGACACUGCAGACCCGGCGGACGUGCAGGCCGCCACGCGGCACAUGGAGUUUGUGAUUUCGUGGUUUGCGGAUCCCAUCUACCUGGGUGAGUACCCGGCGUCGAUGCGCGCACAGCUCGGCGAGCGUCUACCGCAGUUCACGCGGGAGGAGCGCGAGCUCGUACUGGGGUCUAGCCGGACUAACGAAAAUCCCUUUUCUAGCUGGAAAUACUACAUUGUCUACUUUGCUAUGCUGAUCAUCGGAUUUAUCAACAUGUACCUCACGUAUCCUGAGACGAAGGGCCACACGUUGGAAGGCAUUCGAGAGAUCUUCGAUGGAAAGAACGAGCCUGAGAGGGUGGAAAGGGACGGGGAUGAUAAACAUCCUGCCGUUAAUGCUGCUCCUGUCAAGCUCUGA